AUGGCUUUUCUCUGUGGGAUCACUAGCUUUGCAAGAUUGAUGAUAAAUUUUGCUGUUUAUAUAAGCAUGAUUUACUACUCAGCUAAUCCCAGCGGCUGCUACCACCUAGUCUUGCUUGUUACGGCUCUCUCUCUCUCUUCUUUUCUCGAUAAUGGAAGUGGUGGAGAGCAACUGUGGAGAACAGUGAAGCCGAACUCGAACCUAUCUUCGCUCAAUCAGCAGAGAGUGUUUGAUCAGUGUCAACCAAGAACCAAGGCCCAACAAUGUUUAUUGACAGGGUAUUCAACUCUCUUCUUCCCCGAUUCGGCGUUCGGCGUUUUGGAUCUGGGUUCUGACGUUUUAUUUAAUGCAACUUUGCGAAUCAAACUGUUCUUGGAUCUGCCAUAUCUUCGCAUGUAUGGGAGCAGAAGUUGUCUUGGUUGUUGUACUAAGCCUCCACUGAUAAUUGCUGUGGAUGAGCCAUCCAAGGGACUGAGAAUUCGAGGCCAAACAGUUAAAAAACCAAACAUUUUAGAGGAUUUCUGGAGCACCAGCAGUCUUGAGAUGGACAAUAGUGCAGUUCAGUCCCAGAGAAGUGUUUCCUCGAUGAGCACAUCAAAUCCACCCCUAGAUCCACAUAACAGUGUUGGCAGCACGAGCAACCCUACUGAAUUUGUAAACCAUGGUCUUCUUCUUUGGAAUCAGACAAGGCAGCAAUGGAUUGGAAAUAAGAGUUCUCAGAACCGCCCACAAACCAGGGAAACCAAACUAAGCCGGAAUGCUUCUUAUGAUAGCUUACUUGGGACCAACAAACCUUUCGGCCAGACCAUCCCUCUCUCUGAAAUGGUGGAAUUUCUAGUCGAUGUCUGGGAACAGGAGGGAUUGUAUGAUUGAGCUCCCGAAACAAGAGUAACAUUACAAGUAUUCUUUCUCCACCGUAACCUUACAACUCUUCGGUACUGAAAUUCGUCCCCGCUAAGUGCAUGAUCGUCAACAACAUUGCUGGCGGCAUCGGUCAUAAUAUCUUUGCUCCUCUAGACAGGUUUUCUGAUUGUCGAGGAAGUAGUGAUACUGAAAGCUUGUUUAAAUGGCUUCCCCCCUUUUUUGUCUGUUUGGAGUUACUGUCAUGCUAGAGACGAUGAUUGUUCUUAUUUCAAAGUUUUAGAGCAUUUUCAGCCAAACCCUUCUGCAAAGGCUCUGUUUCUUGUUAGACCUGUCCUAAAAAGGGGGUACCCUUAUGGCAUUGACUUGUACAAAUAUGCCCUUGGGAUUGGAUUUCUAUUUUCCACUUUUGAAGCUAAAUCACUUGCCUCAAUAACUGGAUUAACCCAAUUGAUUAUAGCCAUCAUAAUCACAAUUUCAUGUUUGACUCUA